CUUGUAUCGCUCCUCGUACUCUCUUGCUAGGUCUGUUCGUCGUCGUCGUCGUCGUCGUCGCGUAUCCGCCUCAAUUGAUUAAUAUAAUUUUUGGUCUUCGCAAAAGCCGCGGUGUGAAAAGUGGUUCCAGAUUCCGGAUUGUGCAUGCAAGUGAGUGUGUUGGGUGUGUGCCACCAGCUGCCGGGGACGAAGCGUGCGGAUUGUAUUCGUCGGUUGUUGUUCCGACUGGUUCCAUUCCGCCUCGAACUCGAAUGAUGGCGUAACGGGGAAUCUGCGCUGGAUGCUGCUGCUGCUGCUGGUUUGAUAUCUUCGGAUUAUUCUGUCACCUCUACUGGCCAGGGAGCACGGGUUUCACAUUUACUGGAGCAUCUUUUAUUUUCGGAGGGUGAGGGCAUAUUCUGACUAUUGUUGGACUCGUUAAAGUGUAAGUGGUAAGAACGAGUUCAGGAUGUCCACCUUCGACGUGUACGAUCGGGCAGCCUGGUACUUUGGGUCGAUGAACCGCCAGGACGCGACAGAUUUGCUGAUGAACGAGCGCGAAAGUGGGGUGUUUCUGGUCCGGGACAGCACGACCAUCGUCGGCGAUUACGUGCUGUGUGUGCGCGAGGACUCGAAAGUUAGCCAUUACAUUAUCAACAAACUUCCGUCGGACGACGGGUGUUUCGUGUUCCGGAUCGGGGACCAGACGUUUGCCGAUUUGCCAGAUUUGCUGACGUUCUACAAGUUGCACUAUUUGGACACGACGCCGCUGCGGAGACCGGCGAUUCGGCGCUGCGAGAAAGUGAUAGGAAAGUUCGACUUUGAGGGCAGCGAUCCGGACGAUUUGCCCUUUAAGAAGGGUGAAAUACUGGAGAUUCUCAACAAGGACGAAGAGCAGUGGUGGACGGCGAGGAAUGGACGCGGCCAGGCGGGUCAGAUUCCGGUACCGUACGUGACCCGGUACGAGGACAACAUCCUGGACAGGCCACCAAAUGCGACGGGAGGAGGAGGAGGAGGUGGUGGUGGAGCCGGUCCAAAUGUUCACCAUCAUGCGCCACCCUCCGGAAUGCACAACCACCAUCACCAGUCGGAGAAUUCGAACAUUUUCCGGUCAAACCUGAACCGACAGCUGCCGGCGCUGGCCCGGGUCAAGCAGGAGCGCGUUCCGAACGCGUACGACGAGACGGCGCUUAAGCUGAACGUGGGCGACGUCAUCAAGGUCAUCAAGACGAACAUCAACGGUCAGUGGGAGGGCGAACUGCGCGGCAAGGUAGGUCACUUUCCCUUCACCCACGUGGAGUUUAUCGACGACGAUGUCCACGGAUGGAGCGGACACUAGGCGCGGGAGGGCGUGUUAGGAUUCUUUUUUGUUUUCUUCUUUGUGUAGUUUUUUCUCUUUUCUUUUCACAUUGAGUGAGGAAUUUAUUUAAUUGUACAGAUUAUUUUAUAUGCGUAUCGUGUAGGAUGUAUGUUUCAAGUCAUUUAUAUUUUAUGUUUAAUGUUUAGUAAGUGAGAACAAUAGGCAGCCGAUGUAAACGCGGGGGCAGGUGUAUAGAAAGAGUUAAGAUAUAUAAAAAAAAAACAGAAACCAUUCUAAACUGACAAGAUUGUGAAACACCCAAAUUAUUAUAUUAUAAUAAUGGAUAAAACUACAAAAUAUAUAUAUUUAUCAGUCGCGCCAAACACACAAGGUUAAACAGCCGCCAAAAACAACGAUUCCAUCAAAUGAAGGUAUAAAUUUACUCGGCAUCCGGACGGACAGUGGUAGCGUUAACAAGUCAGACAAGUCAUACUUCGCGUGAAUAUUAGCUUAAAAGUGUCUUACCGAUCGGUUUGGGUUUAAUCCGGGAGUCGUCGGUUAGGGUUUUGUGGGCACAAAUCAAUAAAACAACUUUUUUUGUAUUAAAUUCAGUUUCGUGGAAUUGAUCAAAGUAAGCCAACAAAAAUUAUAAUCAUAUUUUGAAGUCUAUCAAGCCGCAGUAGGCAGCAAAAAAAAAACUCGAAAGAGCACUUUAAUGAGCACUCACUGGGGGAAAUGGCCGGCAGUUAAGUUGUGGGACUGACAAAAUCUCGAUAUGUGUGCGAAGCUUGAUUAUACUUCAAAUGUUCAAACAUGUCAAUAAAAUAAAA